CUGACAGUCUACCAGAGAAACUGGAGGAUGUUCCUGGCGUAUUGAUUCUUACAAGCCAGCCACAGUCUCUAAUUACCACUUGACCAUCAAGAUAGAAGAUGUGGCUAACAGGUCUAAUUGUGCUGUGUGGCACAGCCCUCACCACUCAGGCGAUUGGAGUCGAAACCUACCACGCUGAGUUUGUGAUAGAGAGCAACGUCACGAUGGACAUCUCAACUGUUUUGGGCUCCUUAAAUCUCUCCCAGAUAUCACAACCAGGAAACAUUUCUGUCACAAAGCUUAACCUAACAGCAGUUUGUGAGAUAGUUGGGGAUCAGAGUACAUGCAACUGUUCCUUUGGAUAUGUGUGGAGUAACGCAGUGUGCAACAACCUGAACUGCUGCAGUGACACAUCUUGCUCUGCAAACAUAUCUGACUUCAUCAACAUCUGCAUACCCAAAGUGACAGUUUGUCUCAGUGGAUUGGUCACAAUUGCUGGCAGUCUGACAGUCUCUGGACCGGAUCUGGCAAAGACACUUACAAAGGAGUUCCAAAAUCUGAAUGGGUUUAAGGGGCUGAAAGUGACUGGGAACAGGAGCACAAACGCUGACUUUGAAGUGGAACUCAGCGUCAUAUUUGAAAAUGCAAAUCUCACUAGGGUAAUAACAGUCCUAGAAAGUGAAUUGAGGGCCACAAUAACAGUUGUCUCGUCAGGACUGGUUAGUAUCAAGUACCCAAAGGAAACCGUGGAUUACAACAGCCUCCAGACUCUAAACUGCACGUAUGGACAAGCAAUAGACAGUACAGGAUGGGACCUGACCAAUGGUAAUAUCACAUCAAAUAUCGACAAUGGGAUUGUGUCAGAGGUGACGUUUGAAUCUGGAAACUCCUCCAGUCACCCAUCCAAGACCAAUAUCAUCAUCAGAAAAGUGACAGGAAACUGGGCAGGAAAGUACACUUGCAGCUUCUCCAAAGGUCCAAAGGUGAAACAUGUCGCCUCAGCACAGCUUGACGUGGCCCUGCUGCCAGAUGUCAUCACCAUGACCACCAAGCCUCUGUCUGUCGACUGCUCUCACAAGACAGAAAGUAUUGUGGAGGUCAAAGCCACCAUUCAGGCCACAACAGAGCCCUACACCGUCAUGGCAACAUACAAUAACAAAGAGCAAACUGUAACUAAUACAAGUAAUAUGGCGCAGAUCAACUACACCUCCAAAAUAGAAAUUAACUGCCAGACAACACAAGGAUCCUCUCAAUCUGUAACCUACACAUUUACUAACAGAAACAAUAAAAAUAAGGAGGGAACUAUAUCUUUUCCAGUCUUUUACGAGGGUGAUACUACAUGUCCUGCUGAGAAAGACUGGCCUGAAACUCCAAGUGGAAGCACGGUGGUCAGUCAGGAGUGUGAAGCAGGCAAAGUGGGCUCUAAAGAGCGUACAUGCUCGAAAAAUAAAUGGUUGGAGAUAUUGUCCAAAUGUAUUUCAGAGAAUUUAAAGAAAGUUGCCAAUGCCGCAAAUGACUUUGCGCAGGGCCUUGGGGCCACCCAGGCCGUGGCUCUCUCGAUCUUCUCUGGGUUGAAGAACUCUUCAACGUCAGACAGCAGCAUGAACUUGGCCGAAACGCAGGAGUCCAUCAACGUUCUAAACACCAUGGCAACUGCAUCAGCUACCAUCGACCUGACAGAGUCUAUUCUGCCUGAUUUUCUUGGAGCAGCCAGCAAUAUCCUGAAUAACUCAUGGGAAGUCCUAACAAGUUCCAACAAGUCUUUGUUACACAACAUGUCUUCCAAGUACCUCAAUUCAGUAGAGGGAUUGGUGAGGAAUAUCCAAGUGAACAACACGCAGGAUCUGAUCACCCAUAACUUGGAUCUGAAGAUCUGGCGUGUGGAACCAAACACAACCUGUAACCACACGGUGUUCGGCGUAGCGGUCAUACUGAAUGCAUCGUCAGGGAGAGUUAAAACCAUGGCAAUGAAAGAACUGGGGAAAAAUUUAGAAAUGAAAUUUACAGACACACAACCUCCUAGUAUCAUCCUGACAGCGAUUCUGGAGAACUCAAGCUCAAGAAUCAACAUUAAGCUCAGUUUCCCCCCAAUCGAGGGUAGGACCGAGGACAGUGAGGUGUUCUGUGUUUUCUGGAACACCAGCACCAACGAAUGGUCAAGGGAAGGUUGCUGGUUGAAUUCCAUUGAGAACCAAACCUUUUGUGAGUGUAACCACCUGACUUCCUUCUCCAUGCUCAUGUCAAAAACCUCAGUGAGCCUGCCAUUCCUGGAUGAGAUCACCUACGUGGGUCUGGGAGUGUCCAUCUGUUCCCUCCUGGUCUUCCUGGUCAUCGAGGUGUUCGUUUGGUCCGCUGUUGUCAAGUCAAACCUCUCACACUUCCGCCACACAGCUAUGGUGAACAUCUCCCUGUGUCUGUUCCUGGCAGACUGCAGUUUCCUGGCCUCCUCCUUCCCUCAGGACCGGUCGCCCACCUGGUGCCUGGUUCUGACUGUGUGCAAACACUUCUUUUUCACGGCCAUGUUCUUCUGGAUGCUCUGCCUCAGUCUCAUGCUCCUCCACCAGGUCAUCUUCGUCUUCAGCCCGCUGAGAAGGCGGGUGUACAUGUUCAUUUCCUCCAUCCUGGGCUAUGUCUGCCCCACCGUCAUCGUGGGAGCCACCUAUGUGUACUGCAGAUACACGGGCACCAACUAUCACGACCACGAGACCUGCUGGCUCAAAUACGAGGGCCUCCUGGAGGGAUCCAUCCACGCCUUCAUCCUUCCUGUGGGAACCAUCGUUCUAACAAACAUGUUCUCCAUGGCGGUGGUUAUCCUGACGCUCUUGAAGUCAUCUAUCCCUGAGGGAGGAAAAGAGGAUGAUAAGGAGACAGUGAAGAGCAUCAUGAAGGCGGUGGUGUUCCUCACUCCCGUGUUCGGGGUCACGUGGGCUCUGGGGUUUGCUGUGUUGAUGACUGAUAAGGAUCCCAUAAAUCCUGUCUUCCAUUACACUUUCACCAUUGUCAACUCCUUACAGGGAUUCUUCAUUUUACUGGCUGGGUGUUUCGCAGAGAAAAGGGUUCGAGAUGAGUUGUGCAAGCUCAUAACAUCAGGCAGGCCAGCCUCAAAGAGCAAAAGUGAGAGUAUGAAAAACUUGACUACAAGCAACACCAAAGACUGAUGUUCUGCCAUGUUACGUCAAUGUUCAUCUAAACUAUUUUGUACACACUGCAGACUAUAGUUCAUACUGCAUCCUCUUCUUUUCUGUUCACGUUAAAAUGUUCAAACGUUAACAACAGUACUCAGUGAUUAACACAGAGAGAUCGAUCAUUUAGUUGUUAUUUAACGAAGAUGGUUGGAGGCAGUAGGCUCAGAUAUAAUUUGUAAUUCUAGUUUACUGAAGUAUACAUUUAAUAACAAUGUUAAUAAUUUAUUAUGUGUUUUUGAAUCGUUAGUAACUUCUCUUGCAUUCCGCCUGCAUUAUUAGACUGUAGUCUUUAUACUAGACAAGAUAAAUAAUUCUUCCAAGCCAUAGUUACCAGUUGUUGUGAACACACUAGUUUUAUAAUGGAUUGGGAAACGCUUCAAAAGUUAUCAAUUGUAUCAAACUAUCAAGUAUGAAUGGAUUAUGAAACACUAUACUGACUCUGGAGGGGUAGUCCCCUGUGUCCUUCUCAGCGACUGUGGAAGUCUAUUCCUUAUAUUCCAUUACAUUGAUGAUAUUUGUAUCUCAGAAUUAAAGGCUUAACAAACAAUUACAUGUAGUGAUUUGUCAGUUGGUAAGGAAGUUCUAAUUCUAUGUUAUUCAAUCAGUAAUGUACUGUACAUUUACAU